AUGGACGAGCCCACAGACUUUGAGGAUCCUGAACGCUACAAAGUUGGCGAUGAGACAUAUGCACGAGACCUGGAAGCGUUGAAAAUCCUGCGUGGCAAGGAGGAUCCGCAAUCGGCAACCUUUGUCAUCGCAAACGAGGACCACACACUCGGCAACAGCCUUCGCUGGAUUCUCAACAGAGACCCUCGCGUCGACUUUUGCGGCUAUUCACAACCCCAUCCCUCAGACAAGCUGAUCAAGCUGCGUGUGCAGCCCAAGCCGGUUGAAGAAGGGGAGGAGCCUGUGGAUGCAACGGAGGUGCUGCGUGACGCUCUCAAGAACCUGAUGCAGAUGUGCGACCACAUGUCAGAGACGAUGCAGACACAGGCACGGCUGUACCGGCAGCAGCAAGGGCUGAGCAUCCCCGCAUAUGAAGCGCCAGAGGAGGAGGACAUGGAUGAGGAGGACGACGACGAGAGCGAGGUGGCUGAGGAUGAUGAGGAGGAGCAACAAUAG